AUCAUCAAGUCGUUGGGGUUUAUUUAAGUUUUGUUCUGUGAUAAAAGAAGCUAAGUUUUUUAAAAAUAACUUGUGUUGUAAGUACAAGAGCCAUGGCGUCUCAACAGGAGAAGAAACGGCUAGACGAGAGGGCCAAGAAGGGAGAAACCGUCGUGCCAGGUGGCACUGGAGGCAAAAGCUUCGAAGCUCAACAGCAUCUCGCUGAAGGGAGGAGCCGAGGAGGGAAUACAAGGAAGGAGCAGUUAGGAACUGAAGGAUAUCAGAAGAUGGGACGCAAAGGCGGUCUUAGCACCGGAGAGACGCCUGAGGUGGAAAACACUGAGGAACAAGGAGACGAGAAGUACGAACCCAAAUCCAAAACCAAGACUUAAUCCAAAGUUUUCGAUGGAUGUGUAAUAAACUAAUAAUAUGGUUUUAAAUCUUUCCACGUAGUUAGACGUCGUGUUUGGUUUCCUGUAUUAAGUUCUUUUUUACUUAAACUGGAUGAUGAUGACCAUGUGUGUAUGGUUUCGUCCACGUUAUAAGUUUGGUUCGUGUUUCGUUUGUUUUCAAACAGGGGAGUGUUUAGUCUUUUUGAUGAAGAAAGAAAAUAAUAGAUCUUCCUUAUUAG